AUGUCUGUGGUGCCCCUGGUUUCAUAUGCUGUUUCCCAGACAGUGUGGAAAGCCCAAGCGCAGGCAAAGGCCCAGGAGAGGAAUGCCGAGGCCUCGGAGGCCCCAGGGGAAAGGCUGCAUCCCCGUCCUGCUGCCAGCCAUCCAGCCGCCUCCACAGGAGCCCCACAGCAGGCAGCUGCCCUGCAGGACACAGCCAGUGCAGACAGCUCUGGGCAGCCGGUGCCCUGGCUCAGCACCACGAAAGGAGCCUCAGCUCAGACGUCGGAGGCUGAGAAGGAGGAUCCCUCCGGAGACACCAGCGCUCUGGCCUCUACAGCCUUAUUGCCAGGAGAGCAGGAGGUGCAGGGCCCUGUCCCACUUGCUCAGGUUCCCACGCCCAGGACACGUCUCCAGGCUGCCCCACAGCUGCAGGCAGAGUCCUCAGGCCUGGGCUUGCUGCAUGAGAGGAGGCCGGGGCAUGGCACUGCCCAGCUCUGUGAGGAUGCAUCAGGCUGCCGGGCAGCUCUGGUCAGCGCCCAGGCCCGUGUGGCAGAGCUGGAGAGCCAGGUCCAGAUGCUGGAGGUGGAGCGGACGCAGCAGAGGCUGUUGCUGGAGAGUCUCCAGCAGCAGCACCAGAAGAACCUGGAUCUUCUGGAGAGCUCCUACAGGCGGCAAAUGAAGGUGUUGGAGGAGAGCCACGGGCGGCAGGAGGAGAGGCUGCGGCAGGAGCUGGAGCAGCUGAGGGCUCAGCUGCUGUCGCAGAGCCAGGACGCGGAGCAGGCGCAGGCAGAGCUGCGGGCACAGCACCAGCAGCAGCUGGCAGCACUGGAGCAGCAGCACACGCUGGAGGUGAAGCGGCUGCAAGAGCUGCAGAGGACAUCCAUCCAGGAGCUGCGCCAGGACUACGACGAGCAGCUGCGGCGGCUGCAGCGGCUGAAGGAUCAGGAGGUGGAUGCGGUGACCAGCGCCACGUCACACACCAGGUCUCUGAACGGCGUCAUCGAGCGGAUGGAGAAGUUCUCCAGUGAUCUGCACGAGCUCUGGCACAAGGUGGAGGCCAAGCACCACAGCACCUCCCAGGAGCUGGCCACGUGGGCACAGCAGCUCAGGUUGCUCCAAGACAGGAUGUUGCAGCAGCAGAAGGACAUGGAGGAGGAACAGAGACGACACCAGGACGUGAUUGCUAAAGUGGAGGCCAGGCUGAGCGAGCAGUCUCAGCAGCUGGAGCAGGAGUGCUGCAGGGCGCUGGCGGAGCAGUGCCAAGUGGGAUCUCUGCAGCGCUCGCUGGAGGAGCGGCAGCAAGUCCUGAGCCAGCAGCUCUCCAAGGAGCGAGCAGAGCUGGAGAGGGCCAAGAGCACUUUUCUGGCGGAGCAGCAGUUGGUGGUGCAGAAGUGCUCAGAGGAGUACCAGAAGCUGGCGACUGAGUGGGCUGAACUUCGUGCCCAGCAGCAGCAGAGCAGGGAGCUGGCAGAGCUGAAAGCCAAGGAGGAGCAGCUGGUGAAGGCCAGAGAGCUGCAGGAUAAGGCCUGGCAGAAGCUGAGGCUGGAGAAGGAGAGGGUGAAGGUGGCUGCGCAGCACAUCUGGCAGCAGGAGUAGAAGGUGCAGAGCAGGGCCAAGUUCUCAUCCCAGAAGGACAAGAGGGGGCAGCGAGUGCUGCAGAAGGCUUGCAGGGGGGAGUGUGAGCACCCAAGGAGGCUGCAGGCCAUGCAGCAGCGCUUGAAGCAGCUGAGGCAGCAGGAACAGCACCUGCAGGAGGAGUGGCUGAGCACAGCUCUGAAGAGGAGACAGCUAGAAGAGCGAUGUGAGGAGCUGCCCAACAAGCCCAUGAUGCUGCUGACUGCAGACCAGGACCUCGGUGCCCCAGUGAACGGCCUCUCCAGCACACUGUUUCCCCUGACGACAGCGGCACCACAGAGCUGGGGUCUUGUUGCAGAGCCUCCAGCUCCUGUCAGGGUGCUCCCUCAGCACAGCCCUGGGGCUGGCAGGGACACCCUGGCCACAGCCAGCGGCACCGAGCUCAUUGACGCCACGCUGCUGCUGCUGAAGUUCAGGGCCCAGCAGGACCAUGGUUUCUUAGAGAAUGAGGAGUUCUACCUGGAGAGUCUGACAAAAUCAUCCUAUCACACAUCAGCUCGGUCACGAGGAUGGUGGUCAGCACAUCUCACACCAGCAAAAAUGCAGCCACGUCUCCACCAAUUGGUGACAAAGAAACCCAAGCUUUCUUAGGCAUUGUGGGCUUUUGGAGGCUGCACAUUCCCAACUGCUGUAAAUCCUCUCUAUCGAGUCACCUGGAAGAAAAAUGAUGUCCAAUGGGGCUCUGAACAACGACAAGGCUUUCAACAAAUUAAACGAGAGGCUGCUCAGGUGGUGUCCCUUGGGCCAGUCUGAACAGGACCAGAUGUGACAGACGUGCUCUGCACUGCAGCUGGAGAGAAUGGCCCUACCUGGAGCCUCUGGCUAGAAGCACGUGGGGAGGCUGGAGGCUGAGCCCUGGGGUUCUUGAGUCAGGGAUGCAGAGGAUCUGAGGCCCGGUGCACUCCCACCAAGAAGGGGAGACUGGCAGCAGAUGAAGGAGUUUGAGCUGCCUCAGAAGGAACUGGCAUGGAAGCAGGACUGUUCUCAGCACCCAACUGCCAGUGCUGGGCUGGGUGUCCAAAGGGAGGGUCUCCUCCACACAUCAGGCGACUGACGCCACAUGGAGUGAGGGGGUUGUGUUGAGCACUCAGUGAGCUCCUGUAGGAAACCGCAGUCACCCCAGCAUCCUGCACGUGAUCACCAACUGGCCAGAGGGCAAGAGCUCUGGACUACUGCCUGAGAAGGAGCUGGCAGAUGCUGAAGAGGCCCCACCAUGUACUAAGCUCUCAGCAGAUGAGAAGCAAAGUGUGUUGCUCACCGAUGGCUCCUGUUGUGCUGUGGGACAGCAUCGGAGCUGGAAGGUGGCUGUGGGGCGUCCCCUGUGACACGUGGCACAAGCUGCAGAAGGAGAGGGGCAUUGGAGUCAGUUGACAGAGGUGGGAGCCUCCCAGCUGGCUUUAGACAUCCCCCAAUGAGAAAAAUGGCCAGUACUUUGUAGUGACUCGUGGCUGGUGGCAAAUGCUCUGUGGGGUGGCUGCAACAAUGGAGACAGAACAACUGGCAAUGCCAGGGCCACCCCAUCUGGGCUGCCUCAUUGAGGCCAGGCAUCGCUGCCCACCUGGAGAAGCUGGCUGUGAUGGCGUGCCACCGAGAUGCCACGUACCCAGGAACCAGGCCCCUGAAGAACAUCAGCACAAACAGGAGCCAGGAUGGCAGUGGCCCAGGUGUGUUGGGACUGGCAAUGGAAAUGUGAAUGUUUGUAGCUCGGGGGGCCCACGAUGCCUCAGGCCACCAAGGAAGAGAUGCAACUCUAGAUGGGCUGUUGCACAGGUUGUCCAUGGAUGUGAGACAUGCUGCCCUCAAACAAGCCAAGCGGUUGAAGUCUCUGUGCUCUGAAGGACAAUGGCUCAAAUACCAGUGCAGAGAGGCCUGGCAGAUGGACUCUAGCACGCUCCCACACGCUGAGGCGAGCACUAAGUGCUCACCGUGGUGGAAGCGACCACUGCAUGGCUGGAAACAGAUCCUGUGCCUCAUGCUACUGCCUGUUCUCAGAGAACCAACAUGGCACCAGAAAGGCUGCUGCAGGGGCAUGAAGAAAAUUUGGCCAUUGAAACGUCCACAGCAGAGCCCAGGUUGGAAUGUGAUGUUUCUGCAGCUUUGCAGGUGCCAAUAUCUGAGCAGAGCCCUCCACUCCCCUCCUCCUCCGGAAGGCAACAGGGGCUGGGAGCCGAGUGCUGCCUCAGCCUGUGCCCUGCACUGCGCUGCCUGUGCGCUGGUGCUUGCUGCUGCGCCUGUGUUCCCUCUCCCCAGAGGACAUGGAGGCCUUGGGCAAACCCCAUCCCUUUCCACUCCUGCUCCUGGAGGCCUGUGGUGGUGCCUGAGGGCAGCAGCACAGCUUUGGGUCCCCUGGGAAGCUGUGUUCUGUGAGGAUGGUAGAUGAAGGUACCAGUUCUAGGGGAUUCCUCGUCCACCCCCCACCUCUGUUCCACUUCAUUAGUACCAAAUGCAACAGUUUGCUGCUAAAAGAUGAACAACCCCUGCAGUCCUGCGCUAGAGAAAAAAGAUAACUUACUUCUUGAACUCAGAGCAGAGGGCAGGGAAGUUGCAGCGGGGUCAGGCUGCCCAGUCCUCCCGCACCAUGCGCCGGCCCUGUGGGAACAGCCCCACGCAGUUACAGGGCAGGUGCUGACCCAGGCACUGGCCUUGGGCCCUGCCACUGGGGAGAGUCUCAGCAACCGAGCUCUAGAGCUCUCGAGGAGUUAAGAAGCCCAAGCCAUGACAGGGUUCCCGUGGUUUGCUUCCUGUGUCCACCCUGUUCCUCCCAGCAGCUCCCCUCCCCGACAUGUGCUGCUUUCGCCAGUAUUCACGUUCCUCUCUUUCAGAAGACAAAAUCUAACACCGAUUCAAUUCCAACUUCAAAAGUUCUUUUAGUUUGGCAGCUGUAGACUGCUACCUGCCAAUGUCUGUGCAGGGAGGUGUCUCAGUGCUCUGAGAUAUUUGGUGUUGCAUGUGCCGUUCACAGGGUGCCCCCAAAGGCCCAGGCCGGGUCCCGGCCAGAGCGCUGAGCACUGACCUGCUCAUUGCUUGUCUCUCAAUGGGGUCGUUUCCUCUUCUUUGGCAUGGUCUGCUAAUUUGCUUUUGAGAGAAACAAUUCAGAUGCACUUCUCCUAAACUAUGGAAAUACAACAGCACCUUGGACACCGCUGAGUAAUUGCUGCUGUAAUAAAUGAAAUACGCAACUGACUCUUCUGGGGCAGCAGGAAAUGAUGUUACAAACCCGUGCUGGAAGUGAACCGUAGCCCAUCGGUGGCGUGAGGUAAACACGAAUGCAGACAUUGUUUGGCUCAAAGAGCUGUAUUUAGAAGCCUUGUGUGGAUGGAACAGUUUGGUCUUGCCCCUCCCCUGCAGCACGCCGUCCGUUUUUUUGAUCACCCAUCAUUUGUGUAAAAUGGGAAGGGGAGUUUGUCUGAGCAGCCUGUCAGAAACCCCGUCCCUGCCCCCGUGAGCAUCCGCUUUCUAGACCUCGUUGCUGUCUCUGGGGUGUCCCUUUGGUACCAGACUUGAGAGAUUUCUCAUUCAUAGACCUCAAAUUCCUAUCCUCACUUGCUGUUUUAUGCAAGCAUAAUGUGGAUGUUGAAUGAUGAGAGAAUUGCAGACAAAGAGUUAAAAGCGUUUAAAGGUGCCAGUACUCACUUAGCUGUUGUGCCAAAGGCCCUGAGAAGUGGCCAAGGGAGAAAGCCUUAUGGCAGUGUAUUGUUGUUGUGAAGGCAAUAAUCACUCAAAGACGUAGAGGGUCUAAGUAAUGCACGUGCAGAGACGUACAAGGGCAACGUAGUACAACCACCAGAGCUGACUCGAAGCCACCCUUCCUUUGCUAGCUGCCUCCUUAUAUGCUGCUUCUGCCCAUGAGAUCACCCAGGGCCCAAUUGAUUAACUUGCAGCACCUGUUUCUGAAGUAGCAUGCCAGCUGCAUUAACUUAUC